UCUUACAUCAUUUUGAAUUCCUUGCACCACCCAAGGAAAUAUACCCAUACAGCCAGGCCAGUCACACUCAAGCAGUCAAUAUCAUAUUCGCUGAGGUAUUCAAAAUGGAACACAGUGGCCCAUCUGCAGAGAUAAGAGAUUAUCUUGUGAGAAGAUGGCAUGACGAUGGGCAGAAGGUUGUCAAAUUGAUUGAAGAAUAUAUUGAAGCACUGAAACAGAUGUCAAAGAACAAUGCUAAUAAACGACAAAUGGCUAGUGGUUUAGGCAUAUUUGGAAGCGGGCUUACGUUGUUGGGCCUAGCAUUGGCGCCCUUCACAGCAGGGGCAUCUGCUGCUGCAGUCGCUGUUGUUGGAUCCGGAGUUGCUACGGUUGGGGGGAUUGCAUACACAGGAGUUAAUAUUUUCGAAAAGAAAAACGAAAAUAGUCGAGCUAAAGAGAUUCGAUCAAGGGUGAUGAAUUUCAGUGAUGAGACUAUAUCCCUUAUUCGCAGAAUGCGUACAAACAAGACGCCAGACGAUGACGGAUUGUGCGGUUUACUGUCGAGCAGAAAGACAAAUUACAUUGGGGAGUUUAUUCCAUUUGCCGAACCCACAGUUGCAUCAUGUGCAACCGGUGCCUUUAGCAAAACAUUUAAAAAGAAUCCACCAACAAGCUACUUUGCAAGAGAUGAGAAAGCCAUAGAGGAAGUGUUUGGGUACAAAAUGUCAUCGACCCAUUUUAAUGGGAUGAUUGGAGUCGUUGGUGCACUUGCAUCAGUUCACAGCAUCUUCAAGCAUUACGAACAGAUAAUUGAUGAUCAGAGAAUCAUAGAUGAGGGAACCAACAGUGCAUUUGUAACCCAGCUGUCCAAACAGAAAGAAAACAUUCAGUGCCAACUGAAUCGCGGACUGAUGCGGAUCGAACAAUAAUAAUCAACCGCCAAACCCGAGAGAUGGGAAUUGAUGUAGUUUAGCGUCGGAGUUACAAAUAUUCCAGCCAGGGCGUCGUUGCAUUGCGCAAGGGCUGUUACGAUCUUGAAGAAACAUACUUUUUAAUUUGCUGAACAUUAUCUGGAACUUGAAUAUAAACACAGCAGAAUCUCCUGACAGGAACGGACCUGUAAACCUGACCUGUGCAAGACUGCAAGUUUAGAGCGGUUUUGUCGCGAUCAAUGAGAUUAUUGCAGUUGUUGCGUUGCUUUAAGUCACGAUAUGAACACGCAAGAAUCGAUUAUGUUUACAAAUACAUUAAAAGUAUUCUUUCAAACCUUAAAGAUAUAUGAAGACAUCUAAAUACAUCUUUAAUUUGCACGAAAGGAUACAUGUAUAUAUCCACUUUAGUAACAACUAAACUACUCUUAUAUACAUAUAAGUAUCUAGCUUUCAUCUGCUUUACUUUCUGAUCCACAAACCUCUUCCUUUCCAAAUCUAAUGAACAUGUAAAUAGUUCUUCCACACAUGUUCUAUAUGUAUAGCUAAAACGUGUAAACUUUCCACCUUGCAAAAUAAAAAAAGCAGCGCCUUUGUAUAUGUCAGUUCCCUUCUCCCUUGCAUAUAUUCAAGGCUCUUUCAACCUCUUCUUUUCCAUUGCAAUACGCUACUGCACACCAUAUAUUGGCAAUAGAAGCUGAUAAUAAGAUCCAUAAAUGAGUGAGAUACUGUUAUAACUUAACCCCAUAAUAUGUCAUGUGUAACUAGUUCUCCAGUGCUGGGCUGCCUUUAUUGGUCCAUUGAUCUAGCAAGAUAUAACAUUUAUUCUAAGUUUUCCUAUAAAUAUAGAUCUGACCUUUGAGUCCUAUUUUUUAAGUUUUUGUAUUAGCCCGUCGUGCCAUACCAUGUCGAAAGCUUUAGAGAAGUCUAAGAAGAUGCCUGUGGUAUAUUGUUUAUUUAGUUGUCCUGUCUUAA